UCCAUUCUUACUCCUCUUUCUCUCUUGCCGUCUCGUGUCGUCUCUCUCUCUCUCUCUAGCGCUCGCUCUUUGCAAUUCAUAAAAUUCCCAAUCGGGUUUUAUACUUAUACAUAAGAGAGAAUGUUUGGGAGGGGGCCGAAGAAAAGCGACAACACCAAGUACUAUGAGGUCCUGGGCGUGUCGAAGAACGCUUCGCAGGAUGAUCUAAAGAAGGCUUACAGAAAAGCCGCCAUCAAAAACCAUCCCGACAAGGGCGGUGAUCCCGAGAAGUUCAAAGAGUUGGCCCAAGCAUACGAGGUCCUUAGUGACCCAGAGAAACGUGAAAUCUACGAUCAAUAUGGCGAGGAUGCCCUUAAGGAAGGAAUGGGUGGUGGAGGUGGUGGCCACGACCCAUUUGAUAUUUUCCAAUCCUUCUUCGGUGGCAGUCCAUUUGGCGGUGGUGGGAGCAGCAGAGGCCGAAGGCAGAGAAGGGGUGAGGAUGUAAUACAUCCUCUCAAGGUCUCAUUGGAAGAUCUCUACAACGGGACAGCUAAGAAGCUUUCCCUCUCCCGCAAUGUACUUUGCUCAAAGUGCAAGGGUAAGGGCUCGAAGUCAGGUGCCUCAAUGAAAUGUCCUGUUUGUCAAGGUUCUGGAAUGAAAGUUUCCAUUAGACAGCUUGGUCCCUCAAUGAUUCAACAAAUGCAGCAUCCUUGCAAUGAGUGCAAGGGUACUGGUGAGACCAUCAAUGACAAGGAUCGCUGCAUGCAGUGCAAAGGUGAGAAGGUUGUCCAGGAGAAGAAAGUCUUGGAAGUUGUUGUGGAAAAGGGUAUGCAAAAUGGACAGAGGAUUACAUUCCCUGGAGAAGCUGAUGAAGCGCCUGAUACUGUUACAGGAGAUAUUGUAUUUGUCCUACAACAGAAAGAGCACCCCAAGUUUAAGCGAAAGGGUGAUGACAUAUUUUAUGAGCACACCUUGAGCCUCACAGAGGCGCUAUGUGGCUUCCAAUUUAUAUUAACACAUCUAGAUGGCAGGCAACUCCUUAUUAAAUCCCAACCUGGCGAAGUAGUUAAGCCUGACCAAUUCAAGGCUAUAAAUGACGAGGGGAUGCCAAUGUACCAGAGGCCAUUCAUGAAGGGUAAAUUAUACAUUCAUUUCACUGUUGAAUUUCCGGACUCCUUGAGCCCAGAACAAUGCAAGGCUCUGGAGACUGUGCUGCCCCCAAGGUCAGGACAGCAGCUUACAGACAUGGAAAUAGACGAGUGCGAGGAGACCACGCUGCAUGAUGUUAACAUUGAGGAGGAGAUGCGCCGCAAGCAAGCACAGGCCCAGGAAGCAUAUGAUGAGGACGACGAUAUGCAUGGUGGUGCCCAGAGGGUGCAAUGUGCGCAGCAAUGAUGUGGCUGCUGCUUUAACAAAUUAUUUGAUAAAAUAAACAGUUAAUUUGAUUCUCGUUUUAUUAGUAGGGAUUUUAUUCUCAUAGUAGGGAUUUUAUUCUCUGUCAUAGGGCUAUUAGAAUCUUGUCUUUCUGGUUUGGAUUUUUUACUUAAAUGCUUGCAAAUGGUUGUGCCUGGAGUUGAGAAAUUGUAACUCUCAGACCUAUUAAGAAAUAUGCAUGUUUUCUCCAUC